AUGAGGUAUCAAUUGCUUUUGUGUUUCGCAACGGAACGGGUAAAAGAAGAUCGGAUCUUGCUGCCGAUUGCACAGCGGAAAACUUUGAGGAAAAUGAUAUUGCGGGUGUCGCUUUGCAACACAAGAUCGAUAAUGACGUACGGGUUGGCAACACGAGUUAAAUCUGAUCAAAUUACUUCAUUGUGUCGUUCCUUUGACCCUUGUGGAAAUGGGUUGACGUUGUGGCAACAUCUUGCUGAGACUGGAAAUCUGCCUGGUGAAGCCGAUCUUCCGUAUCCGGCUCGUUUGGGUGUUGGCGUUUGUGUAAAAGGAGUCGUGCCACCAAAAAGCACUCGCUCGGAUUGGCCGAAUUCUCGU